CAAGAACCUACUAAUAAAAGAGAUAAUUUUAUCUAAGAGAUCAUGGGUUCUUAUAUUCCAAACAGUGCACAAUUAAUUCAUAAAAAAUUUAAGAACUCCCCUUCUAAUAUACUACCGAUAAUCAUGGUCUAAGAACCGACCUGUGAAUCUUUCUCAUCUUUUCUCUCUGUUCCAUCUCUUAAAUUUUUUUCUCCCCAGAUUUUGAAUCCGUGAGAAACCAAAAACAAAACAAAACCAAAGCUCAAGAAGUCAUGAAUAAUUCAUUAUUAUCCAUCUCAACCCCAGUUAAGUUCUUGAAACCAUCAGUUCCGUACGGAAUAAGCUUAAACACCACCAUUAACAAGAAACAGAAGCGGCAAAGCAAAACCCUUGUCGUGAAAUCCAAGUCCAACACAAGGUCAACAACAAUAUUGACCAGUAGCGUCUCGGUGGUUAAAAGGAGAAACAACAAUGGUAGAGAUAAAGGACAAACGGUUCUGUUGUGUGCUUUAGGGUACUGGGUUCAAGGGUCGAGGUGUCUCCCAUGGCUUGCACUUAACUUCCAUAUGGCUCAUUGUCUUAAUCUCAACCCAUCGACGCUUCAGCUUGUGCAGUACACUGCUACUCUUCCCAUGGUUGCUAAGCCACUCUAUGGAGUUCUCUCGGAUGUUGUUUACAUCGGUGGUGCUCGUAGAGUUCCUUACAUCUCCAUUGGAGUGCUUUUGCAGGGUCUAGCAUGGGGUUCAUUGGCUAUAUUUCCUGGUGCUCGAGAAGCUCUUCCGUCACUUAUGGCAUUUGUUCUUCUUAGUAACCUUGGAGCAUCCAUUGCUGAAGUUGCUAAAGACGCUCUUGUUGCGGAACACGGUUUAAGAUAUCAAGUGAAUGGUCUUCAGUCUUAUGCGCUUAUGGCUUCAGCAGUUGGAGGGAUCCUUGGGAACUUACUCGGUGGAUAUUGCUUACUCAAAACACCUCCUGGAAUCUUGUUUCUUGCUUUUACAGCUUUGUUGACGUUACAGCUCACUGUUUCUUUAUCAUCUAAAGAAGAAUCCGUUAGCUUGCCACGGAUAAGAGAAGUGAGUCCAGAGACAAGCUCUGUUUUGGGGAUCGUAAAGAAACAGUUUUUGGAUCUUGUGGGACUUGUUCACGUAGAUGAAAUCUCUCAGCCUUUGACUUGGAUUGUAGCUUCCAUUGCAAUGGUGCCUCUUCUCUCAGGAUCAGUCUUCUGCUACCAAACUCAAGUACUAAACCUUGACCCUUCUGUUAUUGGUAUGUCAAAGGUUAUUGGACAGUUGAUGCUUCUCUGUUUAAUCGUGGUUUAUGACCGUUACUGGAAGACACUUCCCAUGAGGCCGUUGAUCCAUAUCGUGCAACUCCUCUACGCUUUUUCAAUACUCUUUGAUUACGUCUUGGUGAAGCAAAUAAAUCUUGCGUUCGGGAUCUCAAACAAGGCUUUUGUGCUCUGUUUUUCUAGUGUAGCGGAAACCCUAGCACAGUUCAAGAUUCUUCCUUUCUCUGUUUUGCUAGCAAAUAUGUGCCCUGGAGGCUGUGAAGGAUCAGUCACCUCUUUCAUUGCUUCAACUAUGUGUUUAUCAUCAGUUGUUAGCGGAUUCGCUGGAUUUGGAAUGGCUAAUAUGAUUGGGAUAACAUCGAAGGAUUACACGAACCUACCUGGAGGAAUUCUCAUACAGUCUUUGGCAGCUUUGGUGCCUUUGUGGUUUAUCCACUAUGUUCCAAUGUCAGAGCCUGGUUUUGAGAAAGAAGGAAAGAGAGCUAUGAGUAAGAAAAGUAGAAGGAAUAGACGAGUAGGGAGAGUCAUAGGUCAGGAGGUUUUUGCUUACCGUCGAGAAAGAGAAACAUAA